AUGGAAAACAUAACUCAUCAGCUGCUGUCAUUUACAGUUGUGAUUGCAGCUGUUCAGCUCAUCCAUGGUUACAGCUUUAGGAACUGCAUUGAAGACCCAGAUUCUGAUGGGAAAACUUUCAGUUGCAGUCAUCGAAAGGCAAGAAAUAUAUUUGCUAUUAUUGGAGACCUGCCGCCAUCUGUCAUCAAUCUCACGAUCUUGGAAACUCCUCUGAAGCACCUUCCUAACAACAGUUUCAAUAAGUUAGUUGACCUUCAGCACCUUGGUAUUGAUAACGCCUUGACGACCAUUGAUCAGUUAGCUUUCCAAGGCUUGCAUCAACUGCAGACUCUAAAUAUGGCAUUCAACAGCAUAUCAGAGCUGAGCCCUUCUCUGUUUAAGGAUCUGCAUAAUCUCACCUACCUCUCCAUGAGUUACAACAUAUUGAAGCAUCUCCCUGAGGACAUUUUCUCAUCGGUUCUAAAGCUAGACACUUUAAACAUGAGGCAAAACUUUCUGACAGAUUUCUCAGUCAUUGUUAAGUCUAUUUCACAUCUGACAAAUCUGAGGAUACUAGAUCUUUGCUUUAACAAUUUAACCUCUCUCAGACACUCAAAUGUGUCACUGCCCCAGUCUCUCACUGAUUUGUAUGUUUGUAAAAAUAAUCUAUACACACUGGGAUGUAAACCUUCAUUUCUCAGCUUUAUCAACAUUUUAGAUUUGUCAUACAAUUCAAGGCUCCCUACAAAGGCUUUUGAUCAAGUGGAUUUGAGACAUAUACAUUAUCUGCAUUUGUGUUCAACAAAUGUAACAAUAGUGGAGUUUUUAAACAUUAGCAACAUCAAUGCAAAUCAUGUUGAUUUCUCUGGUACAGGUCUGAAGGAUGAAAGAAUGCUCAAGGAAUUAUGCACAUCGUUGAAAAAAAGGCUGAGAGGGAUUCAAAAUCUGAAUCUGACUAAUAACGGGAUUAGGACUCUUGCAAACAAUACACUGUCUUAUUGUCCUAACAUCACAAGGGCUUUGGAUCUAUCCCGGAACAACCUAAAGAGCACAAACUGCCUUGAGUUUCUCAAAAGACAUUCAUUUAUAAAAGAGUUCAAAGUAGAGCAUAACCAUCUCAACAUUCUAAAAUCCUGUAAAACACACAAAACGUUUUUCAUAAAAAAUCUGGAAAAACUGGAUUAUCGCUACAAUCGCAUCUUAAGAGUUGAUCCUUAUGCUUUCUAUCAUACACCAAAUAUCAAGAUGCUGCAACUUAACAUAAACAGUAUUGCUUUUCUCCACCGUCAUGCUCUCAAAGGGCUAACAAAGCUUGAGAUACUUCGCUUAGACAAUAACCUCUUAACUGAUUUGUUCAAUGUCACAUUUGAAGAUCUGAUCAGACUGCAAAUCCUUAACCUUCGCAACAAUCGCAUUUCUGUCAUUUUUGAUCGGACCUUUUUCAACCUGAAAAUGUUGACUACAUUGGACCUUGGAGGUAAUAAGAUUACUCAUUUUCAGUCAUCGGGUCUUGAUGGACUACAAAGGCUGUCCAAUCUCUAUUUAGAUGGAAACCAACUCAAAGAGAUUGACUCUUCCCUAUAUCGUGCAUUUCAAGACACACUCACUGUCCUGGAUUUACAAAGUAAUCUGAUUCACUUCCUAACAGAAAAUCACGAUUCACCAUUUAUGAAUCUCAGCAGACUGAGUGAUCUGAAAUUAGGUGGGCAGCAGCCUCAUGGGCUCAUUGUUUUACCACACAGUUUACUACGUGGCCUUUACUCACUGAAAUCUCUGUACCUCACCAACAAUAACUUACAUCAUCUUGCUCCUGAUACCUUCGAUGAUCUAAGGGGCUUACGCUUCCUCACACUGGAUAACUGCUGUGUUGGGGUCACAAAAUUACAACCAGGGGUCUUUAAAAAUCUCAGAAAUCUGACCAGAUUGGCUGCAGAAAAUAUGGGCAUUCAGAACUUCUCUAAGGAGGUUUUUGGGAAUCUUACACAGUUACGUUCACUGCAGCUCAAUCGCAAUGUCAUGCAGACUAUUCCUGUAGAUGCACUAGAGAGUCUACCUAAGCUCCGCUACCUCGACAUACGUGAUAUUCCUCUAAGCUGUACCUGCAACAACAGGCUUCUGCAAAAGUACACAAAAAAUAACACAUAUGUUCAGGUGGUCUACCUUUAUAAUUUGUCAUGCCAACACAAUUCCAAACUCAAAUUUCACAAUUUUGACACUAAAGUCUGUUACAUAAAUGUUGGAAUGUACCUGUUUUUUAGCACAGCAGCUGCAAUCUUCUUGUUUACAGUCAUUCCUUUACUUUAUGUUAAACUCUACUGGAAAAUGAAAUACAGCUACUAUGUGUUCCGUGCUUGGUUUAGUGAGCAGUGGAGCAGAAUCAGAGAUGAGGAGGAGAACUGUAAAUAUGAUGCGUUUAUUUCCUAUAACUCAUCUGAUGAACAGUGGAUCAUGGACCAAUUGCUACCCAACUUGGAAGGAAGUGGAUCAUCGUUUAAGCUUUGCCUGCAUCACAGGGAUUUUGAGCUGGGCCGUGAUAUCGUGGACAACAUUGUCUCUGCUGUAUACAGCAGCCGGAAAACUAUUUGUGUGGUGAGCAGGAACUUCCUACGCAGUGAGUGGUGUUCUCUGGAAAUCCAGCUUGCCAGUUACAGACUCUUCGAUGAGCACAGAGAUGUUCUUCUGCUCGUGUUUCUGGAGCCAAUCUCUGAGAGGCAGCUGUCGUCAUAUCAUCGCAUGAGAAAAGUUAUGUUAAAAAAGACGUAUCUCCAGUGGCCUGGUUCACACUGUAAUAACCCAAUGCAGGCCCAAGAACUGUUCUGGAAUCAGCUACGGAGAGCAAUAAAAACGGGUAACAGAGUAGAAACAGAAGAAAGUUACAGAACUCAUGAAAGCAAAGAAGCUGAACCCUUUGAGGAUGAGGCAUUUGAUGAAAAGGUUUACUUGCAAACUUAA